UGGAUUUACUUAUCUGCAAGUCGGAGGCGUUGGGCACAACUCAGAGAGAAUUUCCCUUCCGAAGUAACGUGUGAAGAUUCCCGGAGUGGCAUCUGAAGAUUCGUAGUAAUUCAAAUGGAAGUAUCACUAUUUGGGUCGUCUGGAGGCAGUGGUUGUGGGGCAAAGUGGCAUCAUUGCUCUGGUGAGUUGGCGGAGCUGCUUAUAUCUCGAACAACGUCUUCCAUCAUUCAUCAUUCGACUCAGCGGGUUCCUCGUUUGUUUGAUGUGGGUAUGCGAGCACUAGCGGAAGGGAAGAGGGGUGCUGAAGACAAGCCUCCUCUCGAUCGGGAGGAGAGAAGCGCUGGAGGUAAAGAAAAAUAGUGUGCUGGUGGAGACAAAAGGAAAACAGUGCUGGUGCCAGUUUAAUUUGUGCACCCUACAACUUGUGGAACGAACAAUUGAUUGGUUUGAUUGGUUUGGAAACGUUCACUUUCUUUCUUAGAGCAUAUUCACACUGGGCCUGUUUCCAAUGCAUUGGAUGAGACAAUUUCUGGCGCGACGUGGAUGUUUUUGACCUGCGGACAUUGUUUUAAGGAUCGGUGAGAAGGCCUAGUGUGAGUAUGCCCUCACUCUGCCCAGAGGGUGACGGGGGCAGGGUCGUCAGAGUGUCUGCGAAAGGGAUGGAUGAUCUCCGACUUCGAUGGCGAUCAGGAGAGAGAGAGAGAGAGAGGGGGGUUUCGUACUUCAAAAAUUUACAGAUAGAUUGGAUUUGGCGGACGGUCGUUCGGGCUGAUGUGGGGCCCGCAGUGCUUUUGCAGCGCAACUGUGGGCCGGUGUAGCACAGCUUUCAACUUUCGCACUUUCAGUGGAACUGAACAAUUUUUACGGGCUCAUGGUUCUCUGUUUCGUUGAGCUGGAUGGUGUAGGUAUGGGGCAAGUGAGGUCGGCGCAUCGCAGCCGGCCAGGUAGGUCAGCACUCGUGCAGCAAUUCUUCUUGUGAACCACCCGAGGUGGACUCUCUGGUGUACCGGGUGCGGAACCCUGGUCCUGGAAGUAGUCGACCCAAGAUUGUGGUGGUGGUCAGUCAAAAGGAUCAUCUGUCUGUAGGCAUCAGGCAAGUGAGGUCGGUCCAUUGAAGCCGGCCAGGUAGGGGAGCACUCAAGCAGCAAUUCUGCUUGUGAACCACCCGAUGUGGACUCUCCGGCGUAUCGGGUACGGAAGUCUGGUCCCGGAAGUAGUUGACCCAAGAUUGUGGUGGUGGUUAGCCACAAGGAUCAUUGGUCUGUAGGUAUCGGGCAAGUGAGGUCGGCGCAGUGCAGCCGGCCAGGUAGGGCAGCACUUGAUGCAGCAAUUCUGCUUGUGAACCACCUGAGGUGGACUCUCUGGUGCACCGGAUGUGGAACCCUGGUCCUGGAAGUAGUCAACCCAAGAUUGUGGUGGUGGUUAGUCAAAAAGAUCAUCUGUCUGUAGGCAUCAGGCAAGUGAGGUGGGCGCAUUGCAGCCGGCCAGGUAGGGCAGCACUGAAUGCAGCAAUUCUGCUUGUGAACCGCCUGAGGUGGACUCUCUGGUGUACUGGGUACGGAACCGGAAGUGGUUGACUCAAGAUUGUGGUGGUGGUUAGCCACAAGGGUCAGAUCUAUAGGUAUGGGGCAAGUGAGGCCGGCGCGUUGCAGCCGGCCAGGUGGGGCAGCAGUUAAUGCAGCAAUUCUGUCGGUGAACCACCCGAGAUGGACUCUCUGGUGUACCGGGUACGGAGCCGGAAGUGACCCAAGAUUGUGGUGGUGGUUAGCUACAAGGAUCAUCUGUCUGUAGGUAUGGGGCAAUGGGGCAAGCGAGGUCAGUCCAUCGUGGUCGAGUGAGGGCAGAAAUUCUUCUUGUGAACCACCUGAUGUGAACUCUCCUGGUGUACCGGGCAUGAAAGUCUGGUUCCUGAAGUAGUUGACCCAAGAUUGUGGCCGUGAAGUCCGGAGGAUUGUCUAUUGAAUCUCCCUCAUAUCCUGCAGUGCUUGUUCCAAAGAGUGGGUCUAGCCUGUGCUGCACCCAUUCCUCUCUCUCUCUCUCUCUCUCUCUCUCUCUCUCUCUCUCUCUCGGGCGCUCGCCAGUACCGGUAGAUAGUUGCCCUUCUUCAGUAUUCAGAGUAGGUAAGGGGAUAUGUUGCUUGGCGUAAGGGCAAAUAAGCGUUUUCAUUACGGAACGAGUUUUUUUUUCUCUCCCUUAUCUCAUUACGGAACAAUGUAGGGUGCUCUAGGAAUGUUGUGUGAGGGCACACUUGAGAGGCUGUGCUUGUUCAUCCAAAAUGGAGGCGAGGAUGGAUGAAGAAGUACUUGCUUGAGGGUGGGUGGUGAUUUUAUACAUGAUGUCGUAAAUAUUGAUUCC